AUGACCACCCACCACAGCCACCACAACCAUCACCAUCACAACAACAACAACAACAACAACAGCAACAACAACAACCACCACCACCACCCCCCUUCCUCCUCCGAUGACAACCCCCCCUCUCUUACGAUCGAACCCCCCCUCCUAACCUGGGAACAACUUCUCGCCCACUUCACCCAAGAAGUUCACCGCCUCUCCUCCGACCUUCAUUCCUCCCACCGCCGCCUAGAGGCCAGUUUUCAGUCCCAGCUCUCAGUCAUAAAACGGGACCUCUCAAGACAGCUGACCCGCGAGAUUGGGGGUGUGCACUCCCACCUUUUGCUUUCUAACCAAGCCCCCAAGUUUUCUUACUUUAGGAAACUGCCGGUCGAGGUUAGAAUGAAAGUAUGGGAGUUUGCCCUUUGGGGUUGCCCGCGUGUUUUGGAGGUCAGGGCCGGGUAUUUGCCUAGAGGGGGCCAGGUGGUGGGUAGGGUGAGGGGGUACCAUGGUGUUUUCGAGGGGGGGACCCAAGGAGAGGAGGGGAGGGUCGGGAGGGAUUGGAGACCACGGGUGGGCGGUGGGCAUCAGGGGGUUGGGGGGAACGGGGGGAGUAACCCCUUGCCAGGACCGGUGGUGACUACCAACUUAUUACCACCGCCGCCGUUGGCGGGGACGUGUCAUGAGAGCAGGGUUGUUUGCUUGAGGCAUGGGGGGUUGGUGAAGACAAAGGUCGUGACGAUGGAUGGGCAGGCGUACGUGACGGGGCAUACCUGGUUUUCCCCCGGGGUGGAUUGGCUAAAGGUGCCGAGUGUCGGGCCUGUUUUUGCUGCUACGAUUGUCGGUAGUGUAGGACAGGGGGAGCUGCCGCCGCCGCUGGAUAUACAGCAGCUUGCUGAACAAGUCUUGAUACGAAAACCACAAGAUCGGGCGGAGUUGGAGAGGCAGGUGAGGAGAUUUCAGAUUGGGGGUUUGUGGGAACGGUUGAAGACCGUCGGGGUGGUUGUCACGUGUGAUGUUGUGAGGGUGAGGAUGGGGGGGUGGGAGUGGGGGUUGGGGAUGGGGCCGGGGAGGGAGUUGUUUCCUGCCGGGGAGGGGCCGGUGAGGUUUGUUGACCUCCAAUCCCCCUCCUCCACCCUCUCCAUCGCCUCCCUCUUCCCCCCAGGUUCUCCCCCACACCAAGUCUGGACCGCCCACCACUACUCCCUCGUCUCCAAAAACCCCUUCUGCUCCCCCCUCCUCAACAACACCACCUUCCGGCUCGAAGGCCUCGAGACGCUCUGGCUCAUCUACCGCUCCAAACUUUUUCCUCUCACCUUCGCCCUCUCGGAGAUCAUCGACUCCGAGGACCUGCUGUUCUACGACGGCGAAGUCACCCGGCAGGAAAACGGCUGGGUCAGGGAGGAACUGAAAAGAAUGCCCGAGAUCAAACUGCUGCAUGCUUUCAUAAUGGAUGAGUUUAACGAGGAGGGAGGAGGGGGGGGAUACAAUGGGGAGAAGGGGGUGGAGGUUAGGAGGCUUUAUGGAGGUAACUUUGGGGGGAGGUUGGGGACUUUGGGGGCGGUUUAA